AUGGCUUCUUCUUCGUCUUCUUCGCCGAAGAAAACUUCCUCUUUGAAAGCUACAAGCUUAGCUAAAAGACAAGUGACUGUCUUCAAGAAAGCUCGAGAGCUCUCAAUCCUCUGUGGAAUCGAAGUCUGCGUCAUCUACUACGGAUCAGACGGCGAGCUUAAGACAUGGCCUAAAGACAGAGAGAUAGUCAAAGACAUGGCUCGAAGGUACAGUCAGUUAAGCGAUGCGAAGCGGCGCAAAGGACAAGACGAUCUUGACCAGUUUCUCAAGAAGGUUGAUAAAGAUAAUUCCAAGAACAAGAAGAAGGAGAAGAAAGUGAAAGUUGGAUCCACUUUCAAGUAUCCGGAUUGGGAUCCGAGGUUUGAUAAUUGCUCUGUGGAGCAGCUCACGGAACUGAUUCAGUCCUUGGAGUUUACUGAAACCAAACUGCAACAUAGGCUUCGAGCUGUUGAAAAGCAGAGACAGUGGAAGGUUCAUUACACUAACAUGGCUGCUCAAGAACAGAUGAUUACUCCGAUGAAUCAUCUCCAACAACAUUCAAACCGGAGUUCCAUGGAUAUGUAUAACCAUGGGAUCGGUACAUCAGCUUUUAACCAGUCGCAAUCUCUAGCUCCGCUUCCAAAUUCACUGAGGAUACACCAGAGUCCGAAUAUGGAAAGUUACUCGAGCUUACUUGGGUUUCAAGAAACUGGAAUGGAUGAAGGCCUGUGCCCGAACAUGUUACCCUACAAUAGCAUCAACACAAACUGUGGUAAUGUUUUGCCAAACCAGUUUCUUCAGAACUGUUACAACGUGGAAGAUUUGUGUGGCUUUCUUGGGAUACAAGGAACUGGCAGCAACAACAUGAAUGGGGAAGAUUACUCCGGGUUACUUUGGCCGCAAGGAACUGGGACUAACGGGUUGCAGAACAUGAACAUGUUCGGUUACAACAAUAACAUCAACAACACCAAUGGUUUUCCGCAGCAGCUUGUUCAUUUCCCGGUUCAAAGAACACCACCGGUUGUUCAAUACAUGGAUCGGUCAACACAACAUCUAUAG